AUGGCCUCCUCUCGAUCACCUUCCCCCGGCGAGGGCAGCAGCUCGCCACCCGGCACGCCGCUGACGCCUCGAUCGAAGCUCAAGGCCCUCUUUGCCGACAUGAGCGCCAGCUCAGAUGACGACGCGAGCCCAACACGCAAACAAUCCCGGCCCUCGAGCAUCAAGGCCGGCCAGUCUCCCACCGUACGACGGAAUACCCCUACCUUUACAAAGUCACCUGUUCGUGAUGACGAUGAGAGCUCAGAGGAAGAGGUGGUACGGCCUCGUGGCCGCCUCGCGUCUCGGAUGCAGGCUCAAGACGCUGUCCAGCAACACCAAGAGGAAUCGGAGCCAGAAGCCCGUCCCGAGGACGCGCGGGAACGCGUCAAGAGGAUGCUGGCAAAGGCUGCCGAACCACAAAAGACUGGCGAGAAGGACGGCAACAGUGACGCCGACAUGGCCAGCGGCGAGGAAGACGACGAAGUGGUCACGUUCCGACAGCACCGGAGGCUCAAGCAGAAGAGCCGACGGAGCCCGACACCCGCCAGCAAGACCGCUACUCCUCAGCGCGAGGACUCACCAGGGAUGUUCGUGUCGCCAACCAAGGAACCAUCCCCUCUUCCGUCUAUUGCCGAUGGCGAGGCUUCGGACAGCGAUGCCGACCUCCCACCCGCCAGUACCAAGAACCACCGCUUCAUGGCUCUGGUAGCCAAGAAGCGCGAGGAGCUGCGGGCCAAGGAGGCCGAGGAGGAGCGCAAGCGCGAAGCCCGACUGGCCCGGCAGGCGGAGGAGGACGAGCAGCUCAUGGACGACGGCGAGAGCUCCGACAUCACCGACGACGAGGGCGGCCGCAAGCUGACGCAGGAAGCCUCCGGCAGCCGGCCCGCGGCGCGCAAGGCCAGCAAGAAGGCGCUCGAGGAAAUGAACCGCGAGACGCAGCGCAUGAGCCGCAGCCUGCAGCUCGCGCACGAGGCCAAGACGCGCAAGAAGAUCACCAAGGCGUCGCUCUUUGAGCGGUUCAACUUCAAGCCCGCGGGGUACACUGCCCCUGCACCGCCGGCCGAGGAAAAGCAUGCUGCCAGCUCGAGCCGGCCUGGCACUCCCGCGUCUGACGUGGAGAUGAAGGACGCCGACACGCCCCCUAGCUCGCCUCCUGUAGUGGGCAAGGAGCCUGUAGGCCCUGGAGAAGCUAAGGAGGUCAGUGCAUUACAGGCGGUUUCUGAGGCCAUUCCAGCGGGAACCAACACCAACGACGAUGACGACGAAGCCUUGCCUACACUGGACGACGUGCUCGCACAAGCGUACUCGUCACAGCCAAAGCCGCUUGACAAGGGUAAAGGCAAGGCUGUCGACGUCGAAAUCCCACCACAGCCGCAUGAAACCAAGCCUGCAGCCCACAAACGCCAAUUUCGCGUCAAGCUCCCGCAACUAGAGGCCAACCUCGUCACAAUCGCCUCGGACGAAGAAGACGAGCUCGUCAUCACGAAACCCAAGAAGAGCAAGAUUGACGCAAUUUUCGACCGCGUACCCGCCAAGCGAGAGACCGAGUCCCGAUCAAUGCAGGCCCUUCGCUACCUCGCACAGGUCGAUGGCUCGCCGGGCCGGAAGGCCUCCCACGGCGCCCGUCGCGGCGCCGCCAAGGAGAAGGAGUCCAUGACCGUUGCCGAGCUGCAGGCUGCCCUGCAGCAGCGAGCCCGCGAGCAGGCCAAGCUUGAGCGCGACCGCCGGCUCGAGAUGCUCAAGGCCAAGGGCGUCCACGUCCAGACGACCGAGGAGCGCGAGCAGGAGAUGAACGAGAUUGAAGACAUUGUCGCUCGUGCCCGUAGGGAGGCCGAGGAGAUCAUGCAGCGCGAGAGAGAAGCCGCAAAGGCGGAGAAGCGGGCCAACGGCGAGGAGGGCGCUGCGGCCGAUCCGCUGGCGUGGGACGACAGCGACGCUAGCGAUGAUGAGGAGUAUCGUGAGGAGCCGUCCGAGAUUGAACUCUCCGGCUCUGAGGAGGACGAGGAGAUGGCCGAGAAACGUGCUGGCUUGAUCGAUGAGGCAGCCGAGUCCGCAGAUGAGUCUGAGGAUGGGGAGGCCGAGACUGUCGAGCAAGAUGCCAAGGCUGCAGACUCUGACGAGGAGAUGGUCGAGCUUCCCACGCGCAAGGCUCGUCGCAACAAACUCGCCGCCAUUCUAUCAGAUGAUGACGAUGAGGAAGUCCAGCCUUCUGAAGCCAAAACGCCCAAGCCCAAGACUAGCUUUUUCAAGUCACCCUCGGCAAACCAGACGACAGAUUCACCACAUGUGCCGACCUCGGUGCUCCGGUCGGCUACCAAGACUUUUAUUCCUGGCCUGCCUGUCACGAACGGAGAUCCGGCUGGCCUGGGCCUGACGCAAAUCUUCGCCGGAACCAUGGACGACAGCCAAGCCAGUGCGAUGAUGGGCUCGCCUUCGCAGCCGAUGCCUACGUUCGAGCCCAAGCCUACCUUUGACAGCUUCCCAGACUCCAACUUCUCGCAGACGGUGCCCGACGGAGCAGAUAUGAUCCUCAACAGUCAGCCUACGCAGAAGGAGACGCAGGGCGAGGAAUCUCAGGGCGUGCAGAUCCAAUUUACUCAGUCACAGAUGCACGGCUUCGACAGCCUCUUGAGGGAGCAAGACGCCACGCAAACGUCGGACUUCCUCGUGCUCACCCAGGACGGUGGCUUCCAGAACUACUCACCCCUGAAGCAGCGCUUCGUCGAGCCGCCCCCGUCUACCAUCGAGACUGUCGCCGUGGACCCCAGUCAGCAGCCUGACCCCUCUCAGCACGAAUCCUCGCCCCUGAUGCACAAGAAGGGCAAGCUGCGCCGCAAGAUCCAGAUGGCCGCCGUCCCCGAGUCCGACGAGGAGAUGGAGCCGACCGAGGCUCUGCAGCCCGAGGAGGAAGAGGACGAGUUCGGCUUCGGCACGACGACGACGACGACCGCCUUUAGCGUCAUGAAGGACGCGGCCGCGGCCGCCGAGGAGAAGAAGAAGCGCAAGGCGCUCGAGGCGUUCAGCAAGAAGAAGAGCAAGGCCAAGGACAUGGUCGAGGACCAGGCCGAGGAGUCGGAGGACGAGUACGCCGGCCUGGGCGGCGCCGACGGCGAGGACAGCGACGACGAGUCGACGGCGUCGGUCAAGGACAUGAUCGACGACGAGACCAAGGGCAGCCGGGGCGACGACGCCAAGCUCGCGGGGUUCUACGCGGAUCGCGAGCGCGCCAGCGACGAGAAGCAGGUCGAGAAGCUGUUCCGGGACAUCACGUCGGGCAUGCUGCGGCGCAAGCGCGCGGCGGGCGCCGACUUUGACGGCCUGUCGGACGAGGACGACGGCGGCGAGGCGCGCCGGCGCAUGAAGAGGCGCCAGUUCCAGAAGAUGCAGCGCGCGCUCUUCGCCGACGAGCGCGUGUCCAAGGUCGCCGAGAACCCGCGCAACUCGGCCUUUUUGCGCACCAUCGAGGACCGCGGCAGCGACGACGAGGACAUGGACUUCCUGUUUGAGCAGCCGUCCGUCGGUGGUGGUGGCGGCGGUGGUGGUGUGGACAGCCAGAGGAGCAGCGACGGCGAGUCGCAGCAGGUCGUGGCCAUCCCGGACAGCCAGCCGUCGGCGUCGACUUCUGCCGCUGCCUCUGCACCGGCGCGCCGCGCCAAGGGCAGGGACAAGAGGCCCGCCACGCUGGGCGAGAUCCGCGAGUCGCUGUCCAACCUGCUCGACGACCCAGGCGAGUCCGUGAUCCCGGCCACGGCCACGGAUGACGAGGAGGAGCACGAGAGCAGCGGGGACGAGCGGGAGCGGGAGCGGCUGCUGCCGGCGACGGCGUCGAGCAUGAGCAGCGGUAGCAGCAACAAGGAGAACAGCAACCCCCGCCGCCGGCAGCACGGCGCGGUGGUGGACCGCAUCUCCCUCAAGCGCGCCGGGUCGUCCAGCGUCUCGGCUGCGGGUGGAGGCGGAGCGGCAGGCAGGAUGGCCUUUGCGGCGCCGGCCGCGGCCUCCUCCUCCUCCGCGGGCGGGUUCAGGGUCCCCGCGCUGCUGCGGCGCGCGACGACCAACAACUCGCUGGCCGGCUCUUCGUCGGCCACGUCUGCGCCCGGCGGCGGGUUCGGCGAGGAGGGCCAUAGGGCGGCGCGGAGCAAGGCUUCCUCGUCGACGAAUGGCGGCGGCGCUGCUGGUAGUGGUGGUGGCGGUGCCAAGAAGAAGAGCGGGAUCAACUACUUUGCGCGCGAGAACGAGCGGCGCGCGGCCAUGGCGGAGAAGGAGAAGAGGAGGGAGGCGAGGAAGUGGAAGGGCGCCGAGGGGAGGGGUGCUGUCGUCGGCGGCCUGUUUGGGGCGGGCAAGUUUGAGUAA